AUGUUCGCCCAACGACUGGUCGCUUCGGCACGGCCGCUUGUCCGACAAGCCCGCGUCAUCCCCGUCUCCACCACUGCCUCUCGCUCGUUCAUCGUCGGCUUCCCCAGAAAACCUACCACCGAGCCUAUGGACCCGGUCUACUACCCGAGCUUCGACGAUACGGUUGACCCUGGAAUGAAUGGAGGAUACGUCAACCCUCCUCCCGAGAAGCGCCAGUUCAGGGACCCAUACGCCGACUGGUGGGACAAGCAGGAGCGCCGCAACUACGGAGAGCCGCUUCACGAGGAUAACGAUAUCUUGGGUCGUUUCUCUCCCGAGGAGUACACCUGGGUCACCCCCGGAAAGGGAGCUUUGCAGAUCGGAGUCUUCGUUGCGACCGUGUUCUCGUUCAUGGGCGUCGUCUACAUGUUUUACCCCGACAAGCCCGCUGUUCCCAGGACCUUUCCCCAUGCUGGGUUGGAGAAGGCUCUUGGUGGCCCUAGGGCUCUCCCGGCGGCAGCAGAGUAA